AUGUCAGCACUCAAGAAGAUCAAGUUAGAUAAAAUGGUUAAACAAAUUUGCACUCACUCCGGCUCUUUCCAUGCCGAUGAAUCUCUAGCAGUAUAUAUGUUAAGAUUAUUACCAGAAUAUAAGGAUGCUAAAGUUUGCAGAUCCAGAAACCCUGAGGAUUGGGAAGCUAGUGAUAUUGUUGUUGAUGUCAGUGCUAAGUAUGAUGGUGUGAAGUUUUUCGAUCACCAUCAGCGUGAAUUUACUGGUACUUUCUCUGAAAAAUAUCAUACAAAAUUGUCAAGUGCAGGUCUUGUAUUCAAACAUUUCGGUAGAGAUAUUAUCAAUCAAAUCCUAGGGUGUAAUGCUUCUAAAAAUGAUCUUGAUAUUCUUUAUGAAAAAGUUUACAAGAAUUUCGUCGAAGCUUUAGAUGCUAAUGAUAAUGGUAUUUCUCAAUACAACACUAAGGGUACUGAUAUCAAACCAAGAUUCAAUGAGAAGGCUACUACUAUCCCAGGUAUCAUUUCUGGUUUCAAUCCAAGUUGGAACGAGGAUAAUUCCAACGAUGUCUUUGACAAGAAUUUCCAAAAAGCAUCAAACUUUAUUGGUGAAAUCUUUGUAGAUCUAGUGAAAGGUUAUGGUUUAAGUUGGUUACCAGCCAAGACUUUAGUUAAGAAAGCUGUCGAGUCCCGUCUGGAUGUCGAUGCAUCUGGUAAGAUUUUAUUAUUUGAUCAAUUCUGUCCAUGGAAAGAACAUCUUUACGAGAUUGAAAAAGAAUUAAAAAUUGAAGGUCAAAUUCAAUUUGUUCUAUUUGUCGAUUCUUCUGCUACUUGGAGAAUAUCUACUGUACCAGUAUCAUCUGGUUCUUUCGAAUUCAGAAAGGGUUUACCAGAAGAAUUAAGAGGGUUAAGAGAUGAUGCUCUAAGUGAAAAGAGUGGUGUGCCUGGUUGUAUUUUCAUCCAUACUGCUGGUUUCAUUGGUGGUGCUAAGACCAAAGAAUCUGUCCUCCAACUAGCUAGAAUGUCUCUAUAG